AUGGACUAUGAUCUUCCAUUCCUAUGUCCGAUACUCUCUCCUAGAUACUGCUUAGCAUCUACCCUGUGUCCAUGCUACUUAUCCUCGAUAAUAUAUGCAAGAAUAUUCAAGAACAAAAGAUUCUCCAUGUUCGGGUUCUUUCUAGUUCCAUUCAGUGUGUAUGGAAUACGAAGAUAUGUUCAGGACAAGCUUCAAUACAAGGAGAGCUUUGAGACAAGUGCGAUAAAGAGUCUUUGCUGCUGCAAUAGCUUAGCACAGGACCUCCAUGAGAUGAAGAUAAGAAGGAUUGGUGUUUACAAGUUUCUUUCCGAGCCGAUUCCAUGUGAGGACAGCGACCCAACCUUUUGA